AAUCGGCAAAUCGGCUUUUGGACUACGCCCUCGGGAAAUGCCGUGAUGGCAUGCCGAUCACUCCUUCGCCUGUUUGGGAGGCGCCGCAAACGAACAAACGAGGAGUACAACGGUCAUCGACUCUGCUGCCAAGUACAUACCCAAAACUCAUACAAACUUGAUAACUAUGGCGGAAGGAUUUGAUGAGGCAACCCAGAAGGAACUUGCCACCUUCAUGGACAAUGAACGGGCAAGGGCACGCGUUAACCAGUCCAUCCAUACGUUGACGAGCAUGUGUUGGGACAAAUGUGUCACAGGCACACCCUCAACAAGUUUCUCUCGCUCAGAGGAGAGCUGUCUUGCGAACUGUGUGGAUCGUUUUUUGGACACCAGUUUGUUCCUGGUCAAGCGCAUUGAGCAGUCACGUCAAGAAAUGACGGGGAGUCAACUAUAGCGUCGACACUUCAUCCCAUCGUUUUCACUACCGCCGCUCAAAAGUAAUUAUGUCUAGAAUAUUGCACACUAUUGCUCUUCGCGCAAACACCCUGCAGGUCAUCCGUGGUUAUACAAUGUCCAUUUCCGAAGUAAGGAAUAACUAGCAAGUACAACAACAUGCAAAGGGAAUGUGUAUCGUAACAAUGAAUUCGUAACCAUC